UUGAGACCUUCAGGAGUCUUACAAAGUUCCAUGUAGUAUGGACUUCACAGAAAUCUAUAAACAGACAGCCGGGCUGGUUGCUUUCAGUCCCGGAACGCACUUCAUCCUCACCGCAGUGCAAGACCGGGUGGUCAUCCGUCGAUCUGACUCCUUCCAGGUUCAGCGGACAUGGCAGAUUGGCGAGUCAUUUGAGGCACCUGUGGUGCAGCUAGGUGCCUCUCAGUUACAGCACAAGGCUCCGUCCCGCGCCGAAAUUGCCAAUGCAUGGAUCACGCAUGCUGGAUGGUCGUGCGAUUCGGAAUACGUCCUGACUGCCUGCACGAAGAUCGGCGUCGUCGAAGUUUUCAAGCUAAGGGACGAGGCGUGGAAUGCGCGCAUUGACUGCGGUGCCGAAGGGCUUGCUAAGGUGGAGUGGGCACCGGAUGGACGAUCAAUACUGUGCUUCUCAGAAUGGGGUCUCAGGGUAACAAUAUGGUCGCUUUCCACGGGUACCGCGUCCCAUAUACAGUUCCCAAUACAUCCUGACAGAGGUUAUGCCUUCAGCCGCAACGGCAAGUAUUUCAUACUUGGAGAGCGGCACAAAUCUAGAGAUACACUCGGAGUGUAUGACACGUCACAGUCAUAUCGCUUAGUUCGGCACUUCCCUCUUCCUUCAUCUUCUCUCGCGUCAGUAUCCCUAUCGCCAGCUGGUAACGUACUGGCAGUAUGGGAAGGACCCUUGGAGUACAAGAUCUACAUCGUCACCGUCGCAGGAGAUCUCCUAGGCACGUUCUCUCCAGAGCCCGACAGAGGCCUUGGUAUCAGAUCAGUCGCGUGGCACCCGUCUGGAACUUACCUAGUCGUCGCGGGAUGGGAUGACAAGAUCCAUGUUUUGGAAAGUUUGACGUGGGGUCCGGUUGCUGUACUGGAAUUACAGUCGCGAGUACCAUCCGGAGUUAAUGUCUGGCGAGAGCCAGCGAAUUGGAUUGACGCGACGCAAAGACAUGGCUUCAUCCCAUACGAGCGCGUUCGGCCGCCCUGGACACUCGCAAUCACACGCCCCGAACUCUCCAAAGCUUACCCCAAGUCUGGAGUUGUACAACUAUCCUUCAACAUCUCUGGGAGUCUGCUUCUCGCCCGCUUUGAAUCGAUGUUGAACGUCGCCCACAUAUUCUCCUUCCCCACACCCCAGGACGCCCAGUCGCACGAUAGCAGCCGCAGCGCCCCAAAACUCCGCAGUGUGCUGAUACACAACCAACCGGUCCAGAGCGCAGCGUGGAACCCCGUCAAGUCUGGGGCUGUAGCUCUAUGUUGUGGCUGCGAGAGCAUGUAUUUGUGGAGAGACGAGUCUGUGGUGUGGGACGAGAACAGCGGCGAGGAAGUGCAGGAAAUCGCCGAGUGCGUUGGCAUCCCGGCACAGAACUUCAACGCGAAGGACGUCAGAUGGUCGCCGGAUGGCAAAGGGCUUGUUCUCCUCAGCAAGGACGCAUUCUGUUGCGCUUUCGAGGCAGAAGAAGAUGUGCCUUCUGAAGAACCCGAGCAUUAGGUGUAG